AUGCUGCUCAAGAGUGUACUACCAAUCGCCGCCCUGCUCGUACAGCAGACAUGGGCUCAAGCAGCGGAUCCUACAUCGAGUUACUAUGCUCCAGGCGUACCUACCGACACGCCUGUACCGGGAAACUAUACGGACUACCUUCGCCCUAGAGUUCAUUUCUCGCCGCCUAGGUAUUUCAUGAACGAAACAGACCCCAAUGGCAUGCAUAGAGAUCCCUCAGGCACCUGGCAUAUCUACUAUCAGUACAAUCCGCUCACGCCUGUGGCUGGUAAUCAGCAUUGGGGCCAUGCCACAUCGAAGGAUCUAUACACUUGGGAGAACCAGAAGAUUGCCGUCUGGCCACCGAACAAUUAUACUUAUGUCUUCAGCGGCUCUGCCGUGAUCGAUUCCAACAACACAUCAGGUUUCUUCCCAGAUCAAGACAACGGUGUCGUCGCCAUCUACACACUCGCCGAAUAUCCAGGAGGCGUAGCUGGCCUUCAAUACCAAGCGAUCGCCUACAGCCGUGACGAUGGCUAUACUUUCGAAGCAUACGAAAACAAUCCAGUCCUCAACAUCAACUCGACUCAGUUCCGUGAUCCAUAUGUGAUAUGGCACGAGCCUAGUCAGAACUGGGUCAUGGUCAUCGCAUACGCUGCCGAGUAUGUGAUCGGCGUUUACACCUCGCCUGACCUAAAGGAGUGGACGCAUGCAUCCAACUUUACCAAGCACGGCUAUCUCGGAACUCAAUACGAAUGCCCAAAUCUGUUGCAGAUGCCUAUGGAGGGAGGCGACCCAGUUUGGUUCCUCGUCAUCUCUCUCAACCCCGGCGGACCUCGAGGCGGCAGCAUCUCCCAGUACUUCGUUGGAGACUUCAACGGCACGCACUUUGAGCCUUUUGAUGAUGCUACUCGCUUCACCGAUUUUGGAAAAGACAACUACGCUGCUCAAUUCUUUCACAAUGUGCCAGCGAAUGAGCCUCAGAUCGCCCUAGGCUGGGCCUCGAACUGGCAGUAUACUCAAAUAGUCCCUACAGGCCUCCUUGAGCGUGGCCAAUUCCGGAGUGCAAUGACGGUGCCGCGCGAGCACUACAUCGCCAAUGUUUCUGCGCGAGGGUACGAUCUGAUCUCGGGCAUUCACAAUGUUUCGGCCGUCAUCGCUCAAGAGCUUGCAUUCAACUCCUCACUCGGCAACGGAACGAUCUUGACUUACUUCGGCGACGUUCCAUCAGGCGCUUUCUAUCUCGAAGCCAACAUCACGAAUCUGACAUCGACUCUUCAAGGCACUGCAAACUUCACGAUCUCUUCCUCAGUCUCUGGAGAGUAUAUCUCAGGAGGCACCAACGCCGCAGGGUCUCCAGGAAUCUGGAUCGAUCGAGGCCACAUUCGUGGUUUUGACAACCCUUACUUCACAGAUAAAUUCUCCGAAGAAGGCGUUCUGGCUCCCAACAGCACGUCAUGGUCGCUCAGUCUUCUGUGCGACAACUCGAUUCUCGAGCUGUUCCUGAACGGAGCGCAGCAGGCCGGUACAGUGACGUUCUUCCCGGAAAGGACACUGGAUACUCUGGCGAUUUACGUCGGUGGCAUACCUGAAACAGCAGGGAGCAGCGUGGCGGUCUGGGGUCUGAAGGAUACUUGGGCUCCUCAGGCGGACGGCAAUGGCACCGUGAGAGGGAAUGUCACAGACGGGGCAACUGGAAGCAUGAAGAUGUUCUAG